UUUCGAUUUGCCGACCUUCCAACCGAGCUAGCCCUCCUCGUCUUCGUCUUUGCCGCACAACCAACUUUUACUGAAACUGACACUUAUAAUGCUAGAAAUCCAUACUCGCCCGCCCUUCUACUAUGCAGUGUCUCCAGAAUUGUCAGGCGCACAGUGCUGCCUUCAAUUCUGCACACAGUAUUACUGUCAGAAUCUCGCCAUGUGAUGGCUUUCGUGGAUGCUCUAUAUAUGCAGAAAGCAUAUGCUGAACAACAACAUCAUCUUUGUCUUGACUACGCAUCCAGCGUGCACAGGAUUUGGAUGGGCGAGUUCUUGGGGCCUCCCCGAGUCCCAAAUGCUCCUUUCAUCAGCAGCUUUACCCCCUAUGGAUCUGAGCCUGAGUUAGAUGUCAGCCUUCUGGCUCCGGUACUACUCGCUGCACCAUCCCUCGCGCUCGACUUUGCGAGUCUGGAUGUUCUUUUAUGUUGCAUCAAAUAUACGUUGGACUCCGAUGUCGACCUUAAAGUCGACCACGAACGUUCCCCGUCCCCUUGGAGCACAAAAAAUCUGACGCUAUCGGGCUGCGUCUCUCGUCGAUGGCGGCCAUUCACGGAAACUGUCCAUGGAUAUGCAUUCCUCUCUUCCAUCUCUCACCUCACCUCCCUC